AUGCCUCCAAAGAACAGCCUGAAGUUAGAGCAAGAACGUACCAGAAAGCUAAAGGAAGAGGUGGAACAAAUGGAGAAGGUUGCUCUUCAAUUUACGUCUGGAGCGUCUUCUGCUGCGUCCAUCCAGUCCGUCACUUUUGCCGGCCUCGGUACUGCGAUAACAUCUGGCCCAGCACCCCAGAAAUCAGGACAGACCAAAGCCAGGACUACUAGUGGAAAGCCUGCACAACCCGGCUCUGCGCCUCGACAGCCUCAGGUACGUGUCCCAAUGCCACCUCAUGCUUCUCAUGGCCCAAUGGCCUCCACGAAAUUGACCUCUUCAAGUACUUCUUCAACCUUGGUGAAGCCCAACGCCAUCAAAUCUCCACUUCCAGCAAUAUCAUCCAGGCCAUCCUCUGGGACUAUAUCUGUAUCGAGACACCAGGUAGUACAAUCAUCGAAGAACUUGCCUACCAAGCCCCAGGGGCCUGCCACAGGAGUUGGAGGCACUCGCUCUAGAAAGAGUAGCGCAAGUAGUUCCCAGGCAAACAGCAGAAAAAGCAGUAUCAGUGGUCCAGAAGAAACUAGGCACCUAAUUUCCGAAGCAGUAGUUAAGCAGAGCGCUAUGCAGGCCUCAGAAAGUAAGCCCUCUGGGCGUAUAUUACGGAAGACUUCUUCGUCUGCAAAUCCGCAGUCCGUCUCUAAGUUUCUUAUGCGUGAAGGAGAAAACUUUACGCUUGGAAAAGACAUUUUCCUCAAAGGAGAUCUUCCCAUAUCCACAUCAUGCGAUAUGGCCAUAGGAGAUGACUCACAAUUAGAGUUGGACCCCUGUGAUCCUCCUCCAGUCUCGAGCAAGGAAGGGCUUCAUACCAAUAGUACUGCACUGCAAUACCAAACCCAGCCAUUACAGAUAACCGAUACCCUAGCCAUCCCCUUAGAAGAACAGUCUCCUAAGCAGCACCACAUUCGGUUUGAAGUGGUCGAGGAUGCUGCUGAAGAAGAGGUCCAGAACAGUAACUUAGCGGAGGCUUGCGGGAUAGCGAACGAAGCAGAGGCCCCUGUGCCAUAUUUUGCUCAAAUAGAAAAGGCUAUAGUUCUCAAGACAUUGACUGAGCUAUCGCGUACACAGGAAAGCCCCGAGGAGCGGCAUGCUCGUCUCUUGAAGGUUGCACUACAUGAGACACCCGCGCCCAUUGAGGGCGUUGACGAUGACUUGAACGCUGAAUUAGUUGUUAGUCCCGAAGACAUUAUGGCAGAACUAGCAACGCUAGUAAAUUAG